CUGGGUGGACGCACGGCUUAUCAUCUGGAGAGGUUUUCUGCAACAAUUUGUUGCAAACAUUGUGAAGGGCGAAGUGAGGGUGCCGGUACGCCUCGGCUUGUGAUGACACCGUGAGAACUUUCUUCCUGACCCUUUUUUUUUUCACUCUUUUUUUUCUAGAUGUUUGUCAGUGGGAUCGUGCUUCUUUGGGAAAUUAUCCAUCGUUUUCCUUUUCAAUUAUGUUCACUUUUGCUGCCUUCUGCUACAUGCUGUCUCUGGUCCUCUGUGUGUCCCUGAUCUUCUUUGCAAUAUGGCACAUAACGGCUUUUGAUGAGCUCCAGGCUGACUUCAAGGUGCCAAUCGAUCAGGGCAAUCCUCUCCACGCAAGGGAGAGACUGCGAAACAUUGAAAGGAUCUGCAACCUGCUGAGGAAGUUGGUGCUACCAGAGUACUCCAUCCAUGGGCUCUUCUGUAUCAUGUUCCUGUGUGCCCAGGAGUGGUUGACUGUGGGCCUCAACAUCCCCCUGCUCUUCUACAACACAUGGAGGUACUUCCAUUCCCCAACGGACACUAAGGAGCUGCUCUAUGACCCGGCAUCUGUGAUGAACGAUGACACGCUCAAGUUCUGCCUGAAGGAGGCCUGGUGCAAGCUGUCCUUCUUCAUCCUCUCCUUCUUCUACUAUCUAUACUGCAUGAUCUACUCCUUGGUUACCUCAUAA